ACAUUCAUUCAUAUGUAGAAAGUUGUCAGAGAUUCGAUUCGUUUUGAGCAUUUAUAUACACAACAAAAAUAUAUAGAUUUUUAGUACCGUAAUUUUUUACUUCCAUAAUGGUCUGGCGUCGAUACAAUCUAGUCUGCGGCCUUUGCCUAUGCCUAGCCGAAGUAAUAAUCUUGCUAUGCGUAGUCGUGAAGGACCAAGUCGAUAAGCUCAUGAGGGAACUGCUGGAGCACGUCCGCGUAAAUUGGUGCCCUCCGGUGGUCAAGGAGAAGGAGGACUACUCAACCCAACUCUGGCUAAGCGCCAUUGCUAUCGGGCUGGCCACCGCUUGGUGGACUCGCAGGAAGCUGGCCGCCCAACUGGACGAUGUGAUCCAGCGUCAAGCCUUCAACGAGCACAUGUACAAAUUGCAAUGCUAUCUGUUGACCAAGUUGCGCAAGGAUAUCAAUCGAAUGAAGAAAACGGUAGGCAGGCGCCACAAGCUCACCUUCCGGCAUCACAAAUUGAUCAACAAGUGCAAAGGGCCUUCUCCAGCAAACGCGUGAGCUUUUCAAUUCCAUCUAUGACCUUCUGAAGAGACGACCUUCAUUUUCAUUUAUUUGAUCAACACAUACAAUCUAAAUUUUAAUCUCAAGUUUAUUUCAAGAAAGUACACUACCUAGAGGGACAACGGCAACAAUUCCAACAAUGUAUUAUCCAUUUCAUUCAGCCCAUUCGCAUUGAAUUUCAGCUAGACUCUAGUUUCAACCUAUAAAUGUUACUACUUAAAGCCAUCAUUGCGUACAUUUCAAGCUAGUCCAACAUAUGUUACAAUGUCAACUGUCACACACCCACUGAACCAUCUAAUAUAUUCAAUACGAGCAUCAAA